UGGUGCUUUAAAUUUCAUUAAGUGUUGCCUAGUAGCUCAUGUGAUCAACAGAGGCGUGGUAUUACAAAGUCAGAAACUGAAAACAGACUUGUGUUGUUCUAGUUCCUCGUUUUGCUGUCAGGCAGAGGGAUAUAGUAAAGACAUAAUAUGGCUUCAGCUGCAGCUUCUUUCUCAGAGGAACUGGUUUGCUCGAUCUGCAUUGACAUUUUCUGUGAUCCCGUAAUGCUGGAUUGCGGCCACAACUUUUGUAGGGCCUGCAUAACUGACUUCUGGAAGGGCCAAACUUGUAACGUAUCUUGCCCUGAAUGCCGAAGAAUCUUCCCUAAGAUAAACUUUAAAGAUAAUCGAGUACUUUCGAAUCUGGCAGAGAAGAUGAGGGAACUAAACUUGGACUCGGACCCUACUCCAGCUGUCCCCUCUGCCCCUAUUCUUCCAGAGCCUGACUGUAUUACAAACCGAAAUUGCACGAUCCAUCAAGAAAAGCCUUUUGAACUUUUUUGUGAAACUGAUAUGAAGUUGUUGUGUUGGUCUUGUGUCAAGGAGUGGACACAUAAAGGUCAUAAUCUGUUGGCCAUCCCAGUCGCUCUGCAGAAUCAUAAGGGCAGGCUGAUGGCUUCAUUAUUCCUUUUGGAGGAGAAGAGAGACAUGUUCAAUCAAGCCAAGUGCAGCCAGGAAGAGACCAUUAGAAGUGUUGAGAGCAAAUCGGUUCAUCUCAUUCAACACAUUCAGUUAAAGUUCUCAAAGCUGCAUCAGUUUCUCACUGAGAAGGAGCAACAGCUGAUUUGGGAGGUGAAGGAGCAGGAAGAAAGGGCUCUGCAGCCAAUAAGGGAAAAUCUCCGGAAAUUCAAAGAAGAGCUUCAUUUAGUACAGCAAGAGGUGGAGAAGCUGCAGGCCUUGCUGGACUCUCGGGAUGAGAUUUCCUUUUUAAAGGACCUUAAAGGAGUGUCUGACAGCAGUGAAAUGGAGUAUGAGCCCCCAAAGGCCAUGACUGGAACUGUCUCACUGGGGAUAUAUGAGGAUUUCCUCCAGUUUGCUGUGUGGAGGGAAAUGAGAAAAGUUGCUGAUAGAGUUCCAGAGCGUCUGACACUGUUUGGUGCAGAGGCCCAGUCAGAGCUGGUUGUAUCUGAAGACAAAACCAGUGUGUGUCACCUUGGACAACAGCUGAGAGGGGAUUUCACAACCCCUGAAAUGCUAUGGACGUCACUGUUUAUCAGGAGUACUGAAAGGUUCCAGUCAGGAAGACACUACUGGGAGGUAGAGGUGGGGCAGAAGACAGAGUGGGCUCUGGGUGUCAGCAUCUACGGUGGGGAGAGAGUAACAUCUAGAAUGUCAUUUUGGACAAAAUUAAAAACAUUUGUAAGCUCUUUAAUGGAGCGAAAAAUUCUUCUUGUGCUGAAAAGAAAUCAACAAUACCAGAUUGAAACCUCCUCAUCAACUGUUCCACUAUCCCUUGGCGUAAAACCCACCAGAGUUGGUGUGUUUUUGGAUUAUGAAGGAGGAAAGGUGACAUUUUAUAACACUGAUGACAUGUCUGUCAUUCACACUGCAUCAUGUAAUUUCACUGGUGACAUUUAUGCAUAUUUUAAUCCUGGUGUUAACUUUUCUUGCCAAAAUGGAGAACCUCUACGUAUCUGUCAUUAAUAGCUGCUUGACUGACUCGUGGGUGUACUUUACUGAUUGCUUAGUGGUACAUCAUGUGGAUCAGUGGUAUAGAUACAGCAUUUGCAGGGUUUCAUCAACCUAGGAAUAAGCAUUAUUUCAAAGUCUAGUGACUACCAAAUUAGUCUGAAAUGUAUGAAAUGAAAACAAUAUUUGAAUGUGGUAUGCUAUCUUAGUUUGAAAUCUGUAAAAUUAAAUCAAUAUAUGGAAUGAGUUUCAUGUCAGAAUAGUUAUGAUUACUUUGGUGAAUAAAUAAUCUGGUGAAGUUGUUCCACA